UUCAAAUUGGAUCCUUCUUUUUCACAAUUAUCACAAAAUGCAAUCUAGUUUAAUGAGACAGUCAAUAAAGAAACUGAAAUUUCGUGAUGAGUUCUGCUCCUGGUUGCACGGAGUUAGCAGUUUCAAUUCCACGACGGCGACAUUCAGGAAUGUCAAUCUGGUUGAAGCCGACGCUGGUGGUGACUUUGACGCCGGCAUCUGGAAGCAAUUGGAAGCUGUCCUCAUGGAGUGAGCAUGAAUAUAAUGGAAGGCGAAAUUCCAGAGGAGUUAGGCUCUUUGUCGAAGAUGGAAGCUUUUGGAGCAAAUAACAAUCAUCUAACAGGAAGCAUCCCUUUUUCUUUCGGUAACUUGUCAUCUCUUGGUAUGAUAUUUUUGCAAACUAAUUUUUUGGAUGGCAGCAUCCCAGAAUCCCUUGGUAGAUUGAAAAAUCUUACAGAUUUUUGGGUAGGAGUCAACAUGUUCUCUGGAGACAUUCCUCUCUCACUCUUUAACCUCUCUUCUUUGAUCAAUUUCAAUGUGGCGGUUAACCAAAUUCAAGGGGUUCUCCCAUCAAACAUAGGAACUACUCUUCCUAAUAUUCAACAUUUCUCCACUUCUGCUAACCACUUUACUGGUACUAUUCCACUUUCAAUAACCAAUGCUUCCAAUCUAGAAUUCCUUCUUAUUUCUGAUAACCAACUCACAGGAGAAGUUCCUUCUUUGAAAAACCUUAAUCGGCUUCGGCAUUUUAGCAUUAGCAAGAAUUUUCUUGGAAAUAGCCUAAGCUUUCUGUGCUCCUUGAAGAAUGCCACCAACUUGCAAAGCUUGAUCAUAAAUUUCAACAAGUUUGAAGGGGUUUUACCAGAAUGCAUAGGUAACCUAUCAAUAACUCUUUCAGUUUUGGCCGUCGAUAACAACAGAAUCUUUGGAAGCAUUCCAGCUGGGAUUGGCAAUCUUAUUAACUUACAGAGACUUGACAUGUGGAAUAAUCAGUUAUCAGGUACCGUCGAUGUCAUUGGAAAGCUUCAAAAGUUAGUGUAUUCGCAGUUACAGGAAAACCAAUUUUCUGGUGAAAUCCCAAACUCUCUAGGUAACUUAACCAAGUUAACCUUUAUAAAUUUAAGGAAGAAUAAUCUUCAUGGAAGCAUUCCUUCGAGUUUGGGUAAUUGCCAAUCUCUGGUACAACUCUCUCUCUCAAGUAAUAAACUCAAUGGCUCUAUAACCCCACAAAUAUUUCUCAUUCUAUCCUUAUUCUUGCUGGACUUGUCAGAAAAUCGUUUCACUGGUGUUCUUCCUAGCGAGAUUGGGAAUUUGAAAAACCUGGGUACGCUUGGUGUUUAUGCAAACAUGUUAAGUGGGGAAAUUCCAACCGCUCUUGGCAGUUGUUUAAGCUUGGAGAUAGUAUCCAUGCAGGGUAAUUCUUUCCAAGGCCCAAUUCCUUCGUCCUUGCGUUUCCUAGGAGGUCUUGGACAUUUAGACAUUUCCCGCAACAAUUUAUCUGGCAAAAUUCCUGAAUUCUUGGCAACAUUUAAUUCUCUUUACUCUUUGAAUUUAUCUUUCAAUGAUUUUGAAGGAAUGGUGCCAAUUGAAGGGGCAUUUAAGAAUUUAAGUGCUACUUCACUUGUGGGAAACACUAAGCUCUGUGGCGGUAUGCCUGAGUUUCACUUACCUGCAUGCAAAUUAAAAAGGAGUAGUAGAUUGCUUGUUAUCAUUAUUGCUUGUUCUGUUGCUGGAUUUCUCUCUGCAGUUUUGAUGAUUGCCUUGCUGUGUUUUGUAAGGUUACGAAAGCGGGGUCAUUCAUCUACUUCCUCAUCAUUUCCAAAUUCACUUUUGCAAGCCUCGUAUCAAGAUCUUCGUGACGCCACCGAUGGUUUCUCCUCUUCAAAACUUAUUGGUGCUGGUAGCUUUGGCUCUGUAUAUAAAGGAAUUCUUCGAGAAAGCAGAGCAGUUAUUGCUGUUAAAGUUGUUAAUCUCCAGCAUCAUAAAGCUGCUAAGAGCUUCAUGGCCGAAUGCGAAGCCUUGAGAAAUAUUAGACAUCGGAAUCUUGUAAAGGUGUUAACUGUAUGUUCAAGCAUUGAUCCUCAAGGAAAUGACUUCAAGGCUUUAGUUUAUGAAUUCAUGGGUAAUGGGAGCCUGGAUGAAUGGUUGCAUCCUCUUCCUAGAGCGGAUAACCCACCAAAGAGCUUAACUCUUCUUCAAAGGCUAAACAUUUCCAUUGAUAUUGCUUCAGCGCUUGAAUAUCUUCAUCAUCAUUGUGAAACUCCGUUAGUCCACUGCGACUUGAAGCCAAGCAAUAUUCUUCUCAAUGAUGAACUAGAUGGGCACAUCAGUGACUUUGGGAUAGCAAAAUUCAUUUCAGAUUCCUUUAGCAGUCAUCAGUCCAGUACUAUCGGAUUACGAGGAACUAUUGGUUAUGCUCCUCCAGAAUAUGGGCUGGGAGCUGAAGUGUCAAAACAGGGUGAUGUCUACAGUUAUGGUGUUCUCUUGUUGGAGAUGUUUACUGGGAAGAGACCUACCCACAAUAUGUUCAAAGAUGGAUUAAGUCUUCAUGAAUUUGCUAAGUCAGCUUUCCCGGAUAGAGUGGUUGAUAUUUCAGAUCCAAUUUUGUUACAGGAAAUAGAUGAAUCAAUGAGAAGAGCAAGUAAUUCUCCAAGUUCAAGUAGCACACAACACAACAAAGUUGCAGAAUGCUUGAUUUCGGUAAUCGGAAUUGGUGUUGCUUCUUCUAUAGAAGCGCCAGGAGAGCGUAUGGACAUUAAAGACGUUACGAUGAAGCUCUCUUCUAUUAGAAAGAAGCUUCUUGCCACUCGUCCAACCUAAUGAAUCACUUCUUGUCGGAGAUGACUGCACUAAAAGCAAGCAGGUACAUAAGAUCGAUUACUUGUCAAAGAUGCCAACGGUUUAUUUUGUCAAAGAUGCCAACGGUUUAUUUUAAAUAGCAUGGGUACAAGAAUAGUAAAACGGGAGACUCCAGAACAAAAAAUGGUGCAACCAUACAUUUUAUAAGAAUAGAUCAUAAAUAUAGAGUUUCGAAAUUUCAGUAACGUUUUUUGUAAUCAGAAGUAACAUUCUGAAAUUUAGGACUUGAGAAGUUUAGGUACAACAACUUGUCAAGCACAUGCUUGUUGAGUCCAAUAUUCUAUAACUUUCUUCUGGUUAUGAUAUUUAGUAUGUAGUUGUAGUUUGUCAUGUCAAUCUCAUUCAUUCCCGUUUUCUUUACCAAGUGAUUUUGUAUUAUUUUUCAUUUAAUGGGUAUUGUGGGAUGUCUGUUA